AUGAUUCGCGGCUGUUGUGAGGCUCUCGCUGUUGAGCAUCGAGACCCACUGUGUUCGCGUGUGGUAUGGGGUAGCGCAAUAUCAGUGCGGUGCAUGUUCGCAGCAGUUGCGUGCGUGCUUCAGGGGGGGCAGACGACCAGACGUCGAUUUGGGAUAGGUCGAGUCUACUGUCUACUGUCUAUUGCUGUCUCCCGUGUACGGUGUGGUAUACUGUCCACGCCUGCUGUCUAUGCUUACGGUGUGUGGUAUACUGUCUACGCUACGGUGUGUGGUAUACUGUCUACGCUACGGUGUGUGGUAUACUGUCUACGCUACCAUGGAUGGUGUACUGUCUACGCUACCGUGUAUGGUGUACUGUCCACGUCUGCUGUCUAUGCUUACGGUGUGUGGUAUACUGUCUACGCUACGGUGUGUGGUAUACUGUCUACGCUACGGUAUGUGGUAUACUGUCUACGCUACCAUGGAUGGUGUACUGUCUACGCUACCGUGGAUGGUGUACUGUCCACGUCUGCUGUUUGUGCUUACCGUGUACAUGGACCCUGUAUGGAACGGUCGGCGUCGGCGAGAAACACCGGGUCUGGUGAAGCACACAGAGGUGGGCGUCGCUCUGGGUGCUGA